AUGGGAGUACAGGGACUUUGGGUGUUACUAGAGCCUGUUGGUCGCCGUGUGAACAUAGAGGCGCUGACCAACAAGCGUCUUGCCGUGGAUGCGUCAAUUUGGAUUUACCAGUUCAUGCAGACCAUGCGCGACGCACAGGGCGAGAUGCUGCGCAAUGCCCAUCUUGUCGGCUUUUUGAGGCGCAUCUGCAGGCUGCUGUUCCACCGCGUCAGGCCAAUCUUUGUUUUUGACGGAGCCACACCCCCACUCAAACGCCGCACCACCAUCGCUCGCCGCAGGCGGAGGGAGCAGCAGACCGCAAAAGUGCGCAAGACUGCAGAGAAGCUGCUGCUUGCACAGUUGAAGAAG